AUGUGCGGCGUCCAGGUCCAAUGGAGCGGCGGUGCCUUCGGCAACAAAUACGGCCUCGCAAGCCCGGAACAAUGCCUCGAGUUCUGCAACGCAAAGCGCACCUGGGGCGAGUGCAAAGCUUUAUCCUUCUUCGCCAACGGCAGCAGCGGCUACUGGAUCUGGGACAAGGAGUGCUGGGAGUGCGGCGAGCUCGGCCCCAUCGACGAGGUCCCCACGCGGACGACGUCCGCGACGACGGCCGUUGAGACCUGCCUGUCGCCCACGGCCAAGUGCGAGGUUGAGGCCAGGUUCACGGGCGAGGGAGAUGUCAAGAGCUGGGGGAGGUUCGAGAGCGGAGACGGACCCGAGGACGGGCCGGCUGGGUGCCAUGAGCUGUGCACCGAUGCGCGCAAGCCACCGCGGUGUCGGUCGUUUUCGUGGGAUCCUAGCACGGGGACCUGUCUGUUUUACAACUUUACUUUUGACCAAGCUUUUACGCAAUCAUCUGGCAGUGGUCUCUGGGCUUGGGAUAUUGAUUGUUGGACGUGUGGUGCUAGUGGAUACACAUGA